GGCUGCAGUCACCAUCCACAGUGAUUUUGGAGACAGGCCUAAGCACAUUUUUUAACCUGGAUCCUUCCCAGAAGCCUGGCAUUUUUGCUACCUGAGCCUCACCUCAUAGCUAUUUUCCAACGGAAAUUGGGGCUAAAUGGUCUGAAGAAAAGGAGAAACAUGCUCAUGAAAAACACGGAGAAGGUUGCCUGGGAAACGCUCGGCAGGGGCUGGGGGAUCCAGGGCACAGUUGCCCAGCAACAGGUGGUGCCCUCCCUUCCGCCCUCAUGUGAGGCAACUGUCCAGCACCCUCUGCUCACACAGGGAAGAGCGGCUCCGACGGAGAGUCAGAAGCACGGGACCCACUGCCUGAGGCAAGACCUGAGGGGGGCUGAGAUGGGAGGAGAGGAGCCCUCAGGGCUCUUUGAGUUUUAUCUGAGGCACCCUGGAGUCUGGGAGGAAAAUACAGCUUCCAGGAAGGGCCUACCUGCAGACCCAGGUGGGCCCUGUCUCUCUGGCCAUCUGGCUCCUUCCCGCCCUUUCUGGGUCUCCGGGCUCCUCUUUCUGCGUGGGUCUGUUUCUCACCCAGAUAUCUGGGAGCCCGGCUCCCCUCUGUCUCUCUCCUCCCCGUGUUCACACCCCUGAGGCCCCCCUCUGUCUCUCCUGGUGGUAUCAACCUUCUCUCAGGCGCUUCCUCUCCUGACCGCUGUCUCCUCAGAUGCCUCCAACCCCAGCUCUGCCCUCGGGGCAGACGGAGGCCUCCUCGUGGGUCCCGCUGCCCUGCGGACCCUGCAUCCCCAUCAUGGUGGCCCUGGCCGCUCUGGCCGCCGUCUUCCUCCUGGCCACAGCCGUGUUGGCCGAACGCCUGUUUCGCCGCUCCCUCCCGCCGGACCCCAGCAUCCGUGCACCCACCCUCGUGUGGCGCCCCGGAGGAGAGCUGUGGAUCGAGCCCAGAGGCACGCCCCGAGAGCGCUCUGAGGACUGGUAUGGCUCAGAGGUCCCCCUGCUGACGGACGGGGCCCCAGACCCGCCCGCCCAGGGGGGCACCUUGGAGGCACGAGCGACAGCCCCACCCGCUGCCUCAACCCCACGCUCCCCCCCCAGCAGCCUGGUCCCCCAGACCCCACCCAAUGCCCCAACCCAGAGCACCUUCUGGGGGCCCCAGGUCUGGGAGGAGAGGCCCCAGGCCCCAGGCCUGGUGAGCUGGGCUGAGCCUGAACGGAGGCCAGAGGCCAGCGUGUAUCCCGGGAGCCCCCAGGCCCGGAGGGUGCGGCCAGGAAGCCCCGAUCUUGAGUGGGGCCUGCAGCCUCGGGUCACCCUGGAGCAGAUCUCAGCUUUCUGGAGGCGUGAAGGCCGAAGCAGUGUGGGUUUCUGAAUCCCCAGGGCCUGCCUGGAGGACUGGCCUUCCAGAGACCCUGGGGGGAGGCCCAACCUCAGAGGGAUCUUAAGAUCCUGAGGCUCCCAAGAACUUGAGCUGACACCUGAGGUCUCCUUGAGGAAUGCCCACCCCAGGCCUUUUACUUGUGGAUUUCAGUUCCCCUGGAUCUGGGCCUGGGAGGCCUGGAUGUGGACAGAGCCUGUGCUUUGGCAGGAACUCAGUGGUGUCUUUGCUUAGCUGCUGGGGGCUGUGGCGCAGAGAACUGGAUUUGGGGCUGUCUCUGGUGACUCAGGCAGUAAAAAAAUCUGCCUGUGAUGUGGGAGACCCAGGUUCGAUCCCUGGGUCGGGAAGAACUCCUGCGGAAGGAAAUGACAACCAACUCCAGCAUCCUUGCCUGGGAAAUCCCAUGGACAGAAAAGCCUGGCGAGCUACAGUCCAUGUGGUUGCCAAGGGUUAGACACAACUGAGUGGCUAACACUGCAUCAGAAGCUGCCAAGAUCACACUUUGGAUUAAGAAAAAACUCAAGGCAACAGACAGGAAGGAAAUAGCAUCAACACAGCGGCUUCCACCUUUCUUCUGCGUGUACCUGAGAUGCCAACACUGGAGUCAAGGGUCCCAUAGAUGCUGAAGAACAGACUGUGGUGAUGACGAGUGUCAGCCACUAGCAGGAGAGACAAGAAUUCAGCUUCCCAGGCCCCCAUCAUCCCACCAGAAAAACACAUACAGAGAGGUCAAGAUACAACAGAAUAUCUUAUUAGAUACAAACUGUGGCUUUGGCCCCCUGCUGGUGACAGGAGGCCCUCCUCUUGCCUGCAGUGAGACCUACAGUCUAAAAAAAGCCAGCAGGCAGCAAGUCCUCUUGAGGCCAUCUCUUCUUAGCCCUCUGGAUCUUACCCCUCCACAUGCGGGGAGGCCUGAUCCACGGAGAUCUGAGUUUGAUCCAAUGCAGAAGGGACACUCUCUUGAGCAAGGCAGCUCCUAAAACCGCGUCCCUGGCCAUCUUUCCUCCCAGUUUGCUAGCCAGAGCUGCCCCAAGACAGGCUUACUUAUAAUGUUCCACCCCACAAAAAUGGAGCCCCCAUAUCUGUAUCAGCUGACCUCCCCUUUGGGCGUGGAGCCAGGAGUUGGGGGUGGGGUGGGGGCAGGCGAAGGAAUUUCCAUUCCCUGGGAUCUGACUUCUCAACCUCAGUCCUGAAUGUUAGGAUUUCUGCCAUAUCAGUUGACCACCUGUACUUUAUAUUUUUCUUUACACAUGGUUUACUGUUUGCUUAAUAAAUUUAUUUUACAAGGAA